UUGCAUAAUCUUCACAAGCGCAACUAGAAAAGAGUGGACUUUCCCCCCUCAGGGACGCAGUAGGACAGACCUAACAGGAAACUUUCUUCCCAUUUUGAAGAAAUAAAAAAGAAAACAAACUAAUUAAAGAAAGAACUUGAUGAAGAUGGGAACAUCUUUCGAGAGACUCCUGGCUUUCGCUGUUGCUUUAUGCACAGUGUUCCUGGAAAGGGCGGAAACAGUGACCGUUGGUGAAGGACGAUGCUCAUGGGAAGAUUCCAGAAACAGAGGUAAAACAUGGUGCCCGAUAAGUCAAGCAAGAGCGGACAUGACGUUGAAAGUGACAGUUGUUAGCGGCUGGUACUCGGCCAACUGUGUUGAGGGAGACUCUGGCGGUCCUCUGGUGUGCCAGGAGGCAGAUGGGCGAUACUACCAAUACGGUAUCGUCUCUGCUGGAAUCAAGUUCAACUGUGGGAUUUUCCCGGGUAUCUACACAAGGGUCAGCACCUACCUCCCCUGGAUUGAAAGUCAUCGCAAUUAGAGUUUGAAACUGUUGCCAUCAUCCUGUGUUGUUGAUUUUUUGUUUUAGUUUAGUUUUACCAAGAGUUUUACAGCAUUUGCAACACAAUGAGGUCUCUAAGUACCGAAUAUUAUAGGUGUCAUAUAAGGGUAACAAACACUAAAACGGAGGACAGAUCGAGACGACAGAUGUUUGAUAGGAAAGAAGAAGCACAUCAUACCGGCACUGCCGCCUACCACCCGUGUUUUUGUUUCUGUAAAAAAAAAAAUAGAAGAAAAGAAAAUCAUGUAUCUUUAUCUCUCCGUACGUGUUUUUGUGAUUAAAAAUAAAUGAAGUACUAUACCAUUGCAUGACGUGUAGCCUUUAUCUGAUAAAUGUCAUGUACAAGUGUAAUACAAUUGAAAUCACAACACCUAAGCUUCUUCUAAAUGGCUUCUAGAGAAAACGAGAAAUAGGGCAUAACUUUCCGACUAGAAAAUUGAUUGCAGCAACUUCAGUCUGAAAUAAAACGUGAUAUAAGUAUACAGUAA